GCAUAUGAUACAUUUUCGCGCCGAGACAUGGAGGGCGUCCAAGUUCUUGUCGUGACACGUGUAAAUUAUGUACAAAGAUACUGUGAAGUAGUUGGUUUCCUUUCCUCGCACGUUCACUGUUCCGUAACUGCCGUUCAUCUCACUUGCAACGUUCCGAACUCAGGGAAUUGGGAAAUUUGAGGUGAAGAUGAUGGCGUUCUCUUCUUCGUUAUCACCUCCUCAAUCCUUUUCUCUCUUCUCAAAACCCUCUAGUGGCGGAAGACAUCAGGCUCGAACCUUCUCUGUUAGCUCUCGCUGUAGAGCUUCUGCUGAAAUUCCCGAUUUUCUGUCGGCAGAUUGGCUUGAGUCUCGCCAGAAAAGACCAUUUGGCCCGAGACUAAGUUUUAGUGCAGAAGAAGCAGUUCAGCACCAGCUUGAUGCUUUGAAAUACAAUGACCAGCCCCGCCAAGAUUAUGGGGUGGAAGUCAUGUACCGGUUCGCUGGUUUUGAUCCUUUCGAGAGGUCCACAUAUUUUGGGCCCUUCUUUGAUUUGGGGCAGUUUGAACGGUUCAGACGAAUCUUCCACCAUUCGACCUACCGAGUUUUGCUGGGUCAUAAGGAGAGGAGGAUCUUGAGCAGUUUGUGGGUGAAAGAGAACCGGUUCAAGCAGCGGGUUUGGAUUCGAGGUGCCCGCCCAGAGGAAGAAGAGAUAUUCCAAUUUACAAUGUUUCAGAGGGUAGGUGGUUCAUGGGAUGGUUAUUGGUUGACAGAGAGUCUGCUUCACGACGGAGAUGGUUUUGCUGGAGGUGUAGCUUAUUGAUGUGUCAAUCCAUAUUCAAUAGACUACAUGUAAUUUACGAAUGAAGAAUUAAAUCAUCUUUUUUUUUUUUCUUUGGAAAGGGGAGGAAGGAGUUUGUAUUAAUGUGGAAUUGAUUAAAUUAUGGCCACAGGGUUGUAGCAGUAAAAGAAAAUAAUGGAGUUGUGGCCUUUUCUCAACCUUCACAAUAUGUACAUAUAAUGAGGUUGAUGAAGUUUUGUAAAUCUGUAGUUUGUGUAUUAAUUAAUGUUAGUUGGAUCAACAGAAAUGCUUUGUGGUA